GCGGUCGGUGUGGCUGAGUUCCCGCGGACUCGUCACGGCUGCGUUCGGACCGACCCGCCAAGGCUUUCGACUCCGCUCUCCGGCGUCCGUUUGGGUGUUUUUUUUUUGGAGUUUUUUCCCUGUGUUUUUCUUCGUUGUCACACUGAAUGCUCGUGUGUCAGACAGCCCUCCUCUCUUUGUUCGGUUUACUAUAGUAAAGUGGGUUUAACCUCGUCCGGGUUGCAGCGCUCCGUGUCCUCCUCCUCCUCCUCCGUCAGGCAACGGGUCAUGAGCGCUGCGGCUCUCCGUGGUGCUGAAACUCGGCCGCGGCACCUUGGCUGCUCUUAACAGCCUCUCACUUACCAGCUCUCUUACUCAGUGUGUGCGCGUGUGUGUGUGUGUGUGUGUGUGUGUGUGUGUGCGCGCGUGUGCGUGUGUGUGUGCGUGUCUAGACUGGCUGUGGCGCGACAAAGAAUUUUCUGUGAAAAACUUUUUUCGUUGUCCGAAGUCAGCCUGAGUGUCGGAGAAUCAGUCGAGCCGAACGGUGAAAUUGAACACAUCGAUUCUUGGUCUCCGCCACCAAUACUUAGACAAAACUAAGCACGCGGUUGUUUGGAUUCUUCUCGAUUUUUCCUCCCCUCCUCGUCGAACAAACGAAAAGUGAGACGUUGCCCACCUUUGGGAGACCUGACAGGCACUUGCGUGCGCAGCAACGCGGUCGAGCGGGAGAAGAGGAAGGAGCGCUGCCGUCCUUGGGGCUGCAUGUCGGGAUUUCCCACUGGAGACCUGGCCCCACUUCCACGGCGCUCCGCCGCGGUCCACAUGCCGGUGCUUUAGAGCGAAACCCAGUCGGUCCGCAGCGCGCGCUCACUGGCCAUGGAGGGCUCCACCACGGGCUCCAGCUUUGGGAUCGACUCCUUGCUGUCGCACCGACCCGGGAGCCCCAUCCACCCGAGGGGGGACAGCGUGGGGGGCGACUGCGGCUCCCCCCUCGAGCUGAGCCCCGGCUCGGACGCGGAAAGCAGCGGCUGCUCGUCGCCGCCGUCGCCGCGGCGGGACUGCGUGGAAGAGGCCGCGCAGAGAGCGGGCCGCCCCCUCGGGCUGGAGGCGCACGUGCAGCACGGGCAGCCGCGGACCGUCACCUCCUCCUUCCUGAUCCGGGACAUCCUGGCGGACUGCAAGCCGCUGGCCGCGUGCGCGCCCUACUCGAGCAACGGGCAACCCACGCAGGAGGCCGAGCGACUCGCCUCCAAGAUCCCGGACGAGUUCAUGGAGAAGAUGCACAGCAACUCGUCUUCUGACAGCGAGUACAAGGUGAAAGAGGAGGGCGACAGGGAGAUCUCGAGCAGCAGGGACAGUCCCCCCGUCCGGCUCAAGAAGCCCCGCAAGGCGCGCACCGCCUUCACGGACCACCAGCUCGCGCAGCUCGAGCGCAGCUUCGAGCGCCAGAAGUACCUGAGCGUGCAGGACCGCAUGGAGCUCGCGGCGUCGCUCAGCCUCACGGACACGCAGGUCAAGACGUGGUACCAGAACAGGAGGACCAAGUGGAAGAGGCAGACCGCGGUGGGACUCGAACUCCUGGCCGAAGCUGGGAAUUACUCCGCCUUACAGAGGAUGUUUCCGUCGCCCUACUUCUACCCGCAGAACCUGGUGUCGAACCUGGACCCGGGAGCUGCUCUCUAUCUGUACCGCGGACCCUCGGCCCCCCCGCCCCCCCUGCAGCGGCCCCUGGUCCCGCGGAUUCUGCUGCACGGACUGCAGGGAGGCAGCGAGCCAGUUCCGCCGCUGUCCGGGGUUCUCCCCCGGGGGACACAGCCACGGUGAGCCGCGCCCUCGGACCCGCGGCCGCGCCGGGAGAGGGUUUGGUUUCCAUGGUGAUGACGACCCGUACACACGCCAUCCCAUAAACACAACAGGAACUCACGCUGGACUCCAGCGGUCGGUAUAUAUAUAUAUAUACUGAGAAUUUUUUCAUGUGAGCGUCAAUAUAUGACACUGUUUAUUUAUGUAUUUAUUUUUAUUUAUUUAUUUAUUUCCUUACGUAUUUAUAUAUUUAUAUGUCAGACCUGGUUCUUUGACGACACGGGAACGGCGGCAAAAGAGCCAGAAAAGCAUUUUUAUUAUUAGACCACGAAAAGGCUGUGGGAUUUCGUGCAGCCCGGUGCUCCCGCGACCUGUCGCUCGUCACCACCGGUGGCACCGGUGGCAGUUUGUGACACGAGUCGAGGUAAAAUGCGGUAACGGCACUGACAGUCACUGGAGUCCUGCACCAGGAGUCACUAGAGGACCUGUACUAACAAAGCCUACGUGAUUCAAAUAAACAGUAACGCACAUUUCUCCCGGUUUUACAUGAUCAAAAAGCCAAAAGUACAUCUUAUAAUAUCUUUAACGUAAUUUUUAAAAGAAUGUACAGACUUUAUGUUCUACAGACAUAUAAAUCACUGUAAAUAAAGUCAGUUAUAUCAAGAGAGAAAUCCUGAUUUCGGGUCGCUUUCUCGGCAUUGCAUAUUCUGUCUUUUUAAUUGUUCGUUGGGCUGAAAGGAUGGAGGACAAGUCAUGUAAACAGGUACACACACACACACACAGGACUGUUUUAUAACUGUAUUCCCCCAAAAAUAAUAAACUGACUAUAGCGGAAGCAGAAUCAUUGUCCAGUGUCUCAUUUGGAUUAUUAGGCUUCUUCAAUUGCAAAAGUUGAGAGAAGCAAAAAAAAAAGUCAUCUGCCAAUAAAAGCCAUUUAAUUGCCGUUUUAUUUUCUAGAACUUUAUUUUGCAACCCAUUCCAGGUUAAGUAAGCCGCGCACGACGAUGUAUAACCGAUACUUUGCAGUUAAAAGGACGUUUUGAGUGGGGGGGGGAGAUCGUUUCCGUGUGGCUUUAGUUCACCAACUUCCAUCAUGCGUGUUAAUUUCGUUCGCGAUGGCUGUUAUGAGAAAACUGGAAUAGCAAGGAUGGCCCGCGUGCUGUGGAAACAGCAGGUGUGUCGCGGGUCACAUCGCUCUCACACACACACACACACACACACACACACACCGUUCGUUCCAGCAGCUCCCUCUCCUCCUUGGCUGCCAGAUGCGCUUAGUCUGACUCCUCUGACUGUGAAACUGCUCCUCUUUUCCUGGAUAUUAUUCCGCGUCCCUCCACCCCCGACACGCAUCAACGUGUCACCUUUCAUCGUCUGAAGCCAAAAUGCGGAGAAGCCAGAGCGUCUUUAAAACACACAAGGCACGAAUGAAACUCUUUCAUAGACAAACGCGAAGGAAAUGGGAGGUGUCGUGAAAGACGCCGAACACCAGGAGGCACCUGUGGGGUUAUGAGCGAGUGAGUGCGGAAAAGUUACAGGGUGCGAUCGUUUGCGCUCGGGCGAAACCCGCCCCGGAUGUGGCCUCGUCAACGCCGUGAAAAGGACGUCGGAAACCGGAGCGCUCCUCGCACAGCUCGCGCUACUCCUUUUAUGGUCGCUCGCUAGAGCUGGACAGGACAGGAGCGCGAGUCCGUUCAGCGCCGGACUAAUAACUAAAAAUCGUCAAGAAGCGGUCAUUAAAGAACACAUUGAAUAACGUUCAGCUAAAAUAGUAAUUACCUCA